AUGCCUCAACACAUUUUGCCUCGUCGAGACUUGAAAGACAACUCUUUGGAAAGUGUCGUUUCUUAUUAUGAAGCCUCUCAUCCUGUGGAUCCACAGAAACCAAAACCACUCAUGUGGAGAUAUCGUGAAGAGAAAGAUGCAGUGGUGUGUUGCAUUCCGAUUGCACUUAUUUUGGAAUGUAUGGAUGAUGAUCAUUGUGGUGAUGAGUCUCGAUAUGUGUUGUGUGGAGAUUUUUCUCAAAUUCCAAGACAUGAAUAUAGACCUUCUCACUUGUUGAUUGGUAUUCAAAGUCGCACUUAUUUCAUGGAAAUGUCAUUUGCAUUAUUGAAAUUGGGAAAAAAUGGUGCUUCUUUGGAAAUGGAGGAGAACUCCAAUUCUCGACUUUGUUUUCUCUAUGACGACUCGAAUAGGAGGAGUUUCCAAUUGUCGGAUGAAUUUGAUGGAAUUUAUAUUGCUCAUUACGACGAAAAACAAGUGACAUUUCUAGCUAAUUAUGAAUUUACAUUGAUGUUGAAUGAGCAGGAUGUGAGAAAAAGCAAACUUCAUAUGAUAAGGGGUUUAAAUUCUUUACCAAUAGCAUAUUAUCGUAGAUGGGGUGAACGGUCAUUGUUUCGUGACAAUGAGGGGUCUUUUUAUCGUGUUAUGAUCAGGCAUCACUGGAUUCAAGUUGAUGGAAUUAAGAGGUCAACUGAGCUCAUACGAAUUUCUACUCCAACACCCACUGGACCAGUGACCUUUCAACCAGUGACAUGUUUUAAUAACGAAGAGAUUAAAUUCGCUCUUCUUUUGCAAAAAAACAUUUCUAGUCAACAGGAAGGUUGCAAAGAAUUUUACGCAAUCUUAUCCUCCCAGAACUCAAAAAGAGAAUUCAGCUCCAUCCACAGGAUUUAUGUUCCACAUAAUGCACCUGCUUCACAACAAGUUGUCCACUUUACAAACUUUAAGAAAUAUUUUGUGAAUGGAAAGAAGAAUUUUAAUUUGAAAAUUAUUUCUCAUUGCAAAUUAACUUCAAACAAGUAUUUAAUAAUGGCUCAUUGUAAGCCAAGACGAAACAACAUCACAAACGUAAUGAGCUCAUUUCAACAAUUCUUUAUGGACCGAGUCAUGUGGAUUUUAAUCGAUCUUCACACAAAGCACAUCAAAGAAGUGUAUCCAAGAGUGGAUAAGUUGAAACAAAAACAACAACAACCAAUCACUGAUGAUUUCACAACUGUGCCAAAACGAAAGAGAGGAGGAAAGUUUUGCAUCUCUGUACAGUCCGAAUUUGAAGAUGGAGAUUUAAAUGGAGGCUAUUCAAAUGUCACUUUGUUAAAACACUUGAAAGAAGUGAACAAUACUAAUGCUUUCGUAAAUGACAACACAAUCAAGCAAGAGGAAGAAACAGAGGAAUCAAAUCAAUAUUUAAUACCACCAAAUGUUAAAUUGAAAGAUGAAGUCAUUUUGAAAGCGUUCAGACCAUUCUCAACAAAUCCAGACAUCUUUCAAGUCAUGGUCUUUUUUGCUGUGGACAAAACAUUCGCCAAUCAGUGUGGAAAAAUGUUUCGAUUUUUCUUUAAAUUUAAGGAUGAAUGCAAAAGUACUCUCGAUCAAUUUUGUACACAUCGAUUUGCUGAUAUUUCGUUUAAAUUCUUAUAA